AUGACGAUGGCUUUCGAGCAAGAGGGUUCGAUAUCUCCCGGCUGGAUACAAUCAUGCUGGGCAUGUUUGUCCUCAGGAGAGGUCGGCCAAAGCGCUCUGCGAGCUGAGAACAGAGGUGUCGAACGGGAGAUGCAAGUAUGCCAUGCUCAACCGCAUCUCGUGCCUCCCAUGAAGCUGGUGGUGUACGAUGACCUUCCGAGCCCGAGUGUAGAUCAUCAGCCUCAUAACUCGCUGUCCUCGUGGAUCUCCGAUGGGAGGAACCUGGCCUCGCGGGCAUCUACUCGAGCGAGCAUGUCUUUCAAGAGACAAUCUACAGUACCGUUGAAGAUCGGCGCGCCCUCGGAUUUCCGCAGAGUCGAAGGCUUCUCGUUCCGGCCUUCUACUCCGCGUACACCUCCUAUACCGACAAAGUAUCAGCCCUUAGAGCUGAGUAUCUACCGGUCGGGUAAACGCUUGUCGGACCUGCCCGAGUUCGAUUACUUCGAAAUUGAUGAAGACCGUCAUCGCCAGACAUUGGCUGUACCACCGCGUGCGCUCUCUCCGAAUGGCGUUCGAGCCCAACGCUGCCAGUCAGCCAACGCAAGAUUAUCCAUGUCUCGUAAGCCUGUCGGUUCUGGAAACCGCAGGUCCUUCAGACAGUCAGAGUACUUCCCCGAACCAGCCCAACCGGUUCGCAUCCCAAGUGCUCUGGUCCCUCAUUUCUCUCUCGUUAAACCCGUCAAAACCGUUGUCUCGGAGGGUGAUAUGGUCCCGGUGACUGCACUUGUCGAGCCUAUUUCGAACGAAAGCCAAAUCGAGCUUGACACCGAAUGGCCCGAUCAUGUAACCCAGGAACAAGCGUCCAUGGAGGCAGAGCCUCAGAGUCCCCUUCCAACAAAGGACCAAGAUUACACAUCCGAUGACCCAUUCAACGCAUUUUCAUUCCCUAGCGAUUCUCCCUCGUCGGCCAGCUCACGGACAAUGCCAUCCCGGAUAUCGUCACUGUACCGUCCACCGACAUCCGAGAACCGCAAUACCAUCGCGGAGACCCCUAUGCCCAACCGCGUAACCCAAUGGUUCUUCUCCACCGGCCCUCCAUCUCCCAAGCAAGUCUCCCUUACCGGUGAAGAUGAAUUCGCAUGGGAGCGAACACGCACAUUGAGUGGUAGCACUGUCGCUUCAGUCGUCACUACGACCAUCACUGGCGGCGCACAGAUUCGGCAGCACAAAGCUUCUAUCUCUAGCACUUUCACCAGUGACACUACCCCACGAGCCUCUAUUCAUGUCCCUUCACGAUCAGGGGACAAGGACUUCGAGGCCAUGUUCAACUACCCUGCCAUCCCAAAGGGUCGUCCACAACACUAUCCUUUCGCGCCGUACAAAGGCGAACCUCUUCGAUACGACAACUCCACGGUUGGAUUGGCUUUCUAG